CUGCACCCGCGUCCCCUCCUGUCCCCAGUGCCGCCGCGAGUUCCCCAGCCGGGCUUUCCGCACCCACUACCUGCUGUCGGGGCUGGUGGAGAAGGUGCGGCGCUGCGGCUCUGUGGAGCACCGGCAGAAGAUGCAGAAGCACCUGGAAGAUGCUUUGCAAGCUCGUCAGAAGGAGAUGGAGAACUUCUUGAGGAGGAAGCACGUGAUUCAGGAAGAUAUCUGUGGCCUGGUGAAGGUAUCUGGGGAGCUGAACUUAAAGAUCCGUGCAGAGUUUGCCCGCCUUCAUCAGAUCCUAGAGGAAGAGGAGAGAGCUGUGCUGUCAGAGCUGGGUGAAAAGGAAGAGCAGUCGCUGGCCCGGCUGCACGGGGACAUCCGCCAGCUGGAGGAGGGGAUGUCGGUGCUGCAGAGGGACAUAGAGCACAUAGAGCAGACCCUGAGCAAGAUGGAAGAAGUGUCGUUGCUGGAGGUGGAGAGCCUGGAUGUCAGGCCCUCCGUGCGCAUCGAGACCCAGGCUGCCUUCAACCUGGAGCACUACAGGGACAGCCGCAGCGGCCCCUUGCAGUACAUCUUCUGGAGACGGAUGCUGCAGUCCAUCCACCCCGCUCCUGCCCCACUCACCUUCGACCCUGAGUCAGCUCACCCCAACCUGGUCUUCUCCAGAGACCUGACAGCAGUGACGGAGAGGAAUCGAGCCCAGCCUGUCCCCAACAGCCCCCGGCGCUUCCGUCAGUGUGUCAAUGUCCUGGGCUCACAGACCUUUGACAGUGGCCGGCACUACUGGGAGGUCUGGGUGGGCAGCAAAACCAAGUGGGACCUGGGGGUGGCUGCUGAGGCUGUGGACCGGGCAGCAAAGGUCAAGCUGUGCCCAGAGAAUGGCUACUGGACAAUUCGGCUGCGGAACCGGAGGGAGUACUGGGCCACCACCACCCCCUGGGUGCGCCUGACUCCCCGCCAUCCCCCCCGGAAAGUGGGGGUCUUCCUGGACUGCCACGAGGGGACUGUCACCUUCUUUGAUGCUGGGGACAUGUGCCACCUCUUCACCUUCCACCAGGUCUCUGCAGAGAGAUACUGCCCCUUCUUCAGCACCUGCUUCAGCGACGGGGGGGACAACGUGGAGCCCAUGCGCCUCUGCCACCUGGCCCUGUGA